AUGGUUGAAUUAUUAGGUACUUAUUGUGAAUAUCCUGAAUGUAAUACACUUGAUUUUUUACCUAUUCAUUGUAUUCAUUGCGCAAAGACAUUCUGUAAACGACACGGAGCUGCUCCUGAUCAUUCAUGUAUAUCUUUACUGCAAACAACUUCAAUAAAUUCGACGAACUCUUCAUCAUUUCUUCCAUGUGCUAAUUCAAAUGGUUGUAAAAGUCAAAAAUCUCCAAUUAGUUUUACAUGUUCGUUAUGUUUGAAAAAUUUUUGUGUUGAACAUCGUCAUAUUGAUGAUCAUCAAUGUCCUCAUCGUUCACAAUCGCCACCAACACAUUAUUCAUCACAAACAAAUAAAACUGAAAUAAAACCAAUAGAUAACUUUUUGAAAGAAAAAUUUGUUGGAACAAAAAAUGAAACUUUAGCAAAUAAAGUAGCAAUUAUGAAAUUGAAACAAACAGCUAAAGGACCAGCAGGUUUACCAAUGGAAACUCGUCUUCAUGUUUUCGUACAAAUCGAUGAUGGUACUGCAAAUAAUAAACGAUAUCCGUUCUAUCUUUCAAAACUUUGGCCAUUAGGAAAAGGACUUGAUUAUUUAACGAAGGAAUUAAAAUUGUUACCAGCAACUCGUAUAAUUUUAUUAGAGAGAGAACAAAUUUCACUUGAUUUAUCGACAACUAUCAAUGAUUUGAAAGAAUUGCAAGAAGCUGAUGUUAUUAUUUUAAAGAAAGUUUAA